AUGAUGUGCAGCCAGUCCUUUCGUACGUCAACCACAUUUGAGGCAAGGCAGGAAGUUUUGCUUAAAGGCAGAAAAGCAGCACUGACUUCAUUCCAAAAACUUCGAAAUGAUUUUUCAAGAGACACUUUGAGUCAUUCCAGUAUUUUCUACGAAGUUGUCACAACGGAAAUGCAUUUUGUUUUUCAAACUUAUCUGAAAACGGUUUCAGAAAGAAAACAUGUUGAGGGAUUGUGUAAUCGAGCCCGCGUGUUCAUCCAUUUUCGUCAAAUGUGUGAUGGAAGGAGGAGAGAUAAAAACGUGACGACAAAAGGAAAUACUAAACAUAAAAGAAAUGUUGAGAUGGGAGAUCUUGAAAUAAUUAGGGAAGCGUGGCAAAUUGUGUAUGGUUCACGAAUUAUAAACAGGCAUGGUCCGUCCUCUGAAUUGGAGGCUAUCAUCUAG